AAUUUCAACAUGAUAUUGGAAUUGUAUACAUGAGUUUUUAUAUUUUUCGUUUAAAAAUUUCAUUUUGAUUAAUUGCAAAUCUACAUAUAUUGAUAUGCAUAUAUAUAUUAAGAGUUACUACUUUAUUUGACCAAGAUAUUUUUACCGAAGCAGAAUGUUAAAUACAUAUUUAUUCAUUGAGGUGAUAUUAUCGACGACAUGAACAAGAAAAUGUUGGCUACUAUGACAACCUAAAAUUUCAACAUCUGCUACGCUCAUGGAAUAGCAGCACUGUGUAGUCAAGUACCGUGUAUAGUGGAUCGUGUCGUGAAGAAUAAGAGAGACUAGAUAAGUGCGGAGGUUACUCCGAUUUUGCCAAAUUUCGAACAUGCUAAUUCAAAGAUUAAGUUGACAACAGUUUGAUAAUUAAUGUCUAGCUAAGUUUACAUCAUAAUCUACUUCGCGUAUAUUACGCAUUGUAGAAAAUACUUGGUAACAAUAUGAAGUUACACACAGAUGUAUAUGACAAAUUAUAUUUAUACAUAACACCUGAAAAGUUUUAUGUAGAACCUAUUGGAACUAAAGUGUUGCUUGUAGUUGAUAGAGUGAGUCAGCAAAUUUAUAUGCAAGCUGGUACAGCUAGUCAAAUUCCAUCAACUGCAAGUCGUAGAAAGAUAUGGGGCAUAGUAGGAACUAUAAGACUAUUAGCGUGCCGAUAUCUUAUAGUGAUAACAGAUGCUGCAGAAGUUGGAACAAUAGCUGGUCAUCAGAUUUUUAAACUAGUUUCGACAGACGUUAUACCCUAUACUAAAUCUUCAUUACAUCUUAGUGAAAAACAAGUGCAAAACAAUUCGACAUAUGUAGAAAUGAUUAAAUCUGUAUUAAAUACACCUUAUUUUUAUUUUAGUUACACAUACGAUCUCAGUCAUACAAUGCAAAGACUUCAAAACACCCCUCCUGAAUUUUUACAGAUGCCACUUCAUGAUAGAGCAGACCUUAGAUUUGUAUGGAACGCUUAUCUCCUGCAAGACCUAACAUCAAGGCCUGAGCAAUAUAAAUUUUGUCUGCCUAUUAUUCAUGGAUUUGUAUCAUUAAAUACUAUUACUGUAACUGGUAGUACAUCAUUUAAUUUGGGCGUAGUAUCUAGACGAAGUGUGCAUCGUGCAGGAACAAGGUUGUUUUCACGUGGCAUAGACACUACUGGUAAUGUUUCUAAUUAUGUAGAAACAGAGCAGCUAGUUGAAUUUAAUGGACAUCGCAUGUCUUUUGUACAAACGCGAGGGUCUAUUCCUUUAUUCUGGUAUCAGGCACCAAAUUUGAAAUAUAAACCUAAACCUCAAUUGAGUACUCACGAAGAUCAUCAAACUGCCUGUGCACGGCACUUUGAAACUCAAAUAUUUCAUUAUGGGAAGCAAAUAUUGAUAAAUUUAAUUGAUCAACGUGGUCCAGAAGCUGUACUUGAAAAAGCAUACGGCAAUGUAGUACAACGAAUUAAUAAUCAGAACGUUCGGUACGAAAGUUUUGAUUUUCAUGCUGAAUGUAGAAGAUUGAGAUGGGACCGGUUAAAUGUAUUACUCGAUCGAUUAGCUCCCGAAUUAGAACAGAUGGGUUACUUUUUAUUGUUGGAAGAUGGAACAUUGUUAUCGGCGCAAGACGGCGUUUUCCGUACCAAUUGCAUCGAUUGUCUUGAUAGAACUAAUGUUGUUCAAAGUAUGAUUGCAAAGAAAGUUCUUAAUGAUGUGUUACCAAGGUUGCAGGUCCUUAGAAAGAUUGAAGAUCAUCCUAGCGUCGAAGAACAAUUCAAACGGAUUUGGACUGACAAUGCAGACGUUAUAAGUGUUCAAUACUCAGGUACUGGUGCAUUGAAGACAGAUUUUACUCGAACUGGAAAACGAACUAAAUUGGGUGCAAUCAGAGAUGGUUUGAAUUCUUUAACAAGAUACUAUAAAAAUAAUUUCACCGACGGUUAUAGACAAGACUCAUUGGACUUAUUUUUGGGACGCUACAUCGUACAAGAUGGUGAAUGUACAUUACUUCAAUGUCCUUUGGAAUCGGAAAGGAAUUGGCGUUAUGCUACGUUCCCUUUGGUACUCCUUGUUGCAUCAUCCAUGUUGGUUGCUCACGUAAUUUUGCCUUCGAGAUAUACUACUGAAAUUUUGUUGUAUAUGCUAUUUUGGGGUGCUAUGGUAGCUGGUACAUUUGCAACUAUUAUCCAUCACGGCAAACAAUACGUGGAUAAACCUAAGCUACUUUAAAAAAAUUUUUAAGUUCAGGUAGCAUAUAUUAUAUAAUAUUUCUAAGCUGAGAAGCGUUACAAAUUUCUUGUUAUUUUUCACCAUCUAAGUUUUUAUUACAUUUUCGUAUCAUGAAGUAUUAACGUUCGUUUGAAAAAGCUACAGGGCAAUCUAAUAUUUAGAUUUGUAAAAUCUAACUUUACGUAUGUAUUCUCGCAUUUUUAUGUUCCAGAAAUCGUAGUUUUAAUAUUACAAAUGAGGUAAAUGUAGUGAAAUGGGGCAAAUGUGUUCUUAUUGAUGUACAUAUAUAUAUAUAUAGAUUAAGAGUGUAGUUGAUAUCUCUAAUUGAGAUAUUGUUAAUACUCUCGCAUUUUCAAGUAGAAUAAGGUGUAAGGAAUACUACUCAUUCCUUCUUCAUUUAGUUUGACACGUUUUAAAAAAUGUAGUAAAGUAUUGUAAAGGGUUUUUUGAGCAACAUUUUCUCGUAUAUAAAAUCAAUUCGCAUAUAGUAUUUAGUAUCUACCGUCCAUAGAUUACCCGCAAUAUGCACUAUUUGAAAUUCUGUUUAUUGCAGGUGCCUGACGGCAUGUAAUAUAUAUGCAUUUGCAAUGUAAGCAAAAUCGGAGCGAAGUUAGUAAUAAAUUAAUACAUCUUUUAAUGAAAAAAGCAGAUUUUAACAAGUAAUACAAUCUUAACAAUUGUUCAUAAUGUGUAAAUGUCACAAUCCCUAGUUAAAAGAACGGAUUGCAUUCUAAGACAUGCAGUGUUAUGUAUUCUGACAAUUUUGUAGGCAAUAUCGAACCAAAGUAUGUAAUGUUUAUAAGAUUGUAAUGUAUCAUAGGACUGUAAUAAUUAUUAGUUGCAAUUUCAUAUAGUCAUUCUAAUUAUAAUAAAAGAUCGGGGGAUAUUCUGGUAAAAGAAUAUUUUUUAAUAUUUAGGAACUAAUUUUCAUAGUAAGGUAUCUAUCCAGUUAAUAUCUUUGAUCUGUUAUGCGUUAAUAAAUUAGUUUUUCUCUUGAAAGGACGUGUGACGUAUUCUUAUAGUUGUAAUGGGGAUAGGUAAGAAUAGUUGCAUCGAUUUUUAUUGUAAUUCCAUUUAUUACUUUAAUGUUAAAUGAUUUUGGAAUACAAAUGUUGAUUUAUUAAUUAAACAUCCAACGUUUCUCAGUCUAUCUAUUAUAUAAAUUCAGCAGCAAUUAGGGAAUUGUUAUUUACCUUGAGGUAGAGGCGUCUCGUAUUUGCUUUGGUGUUCAAUCUACAUGUUUUCUUACACGAAGCACGAGUAAACUUUAACCAUUGUAUGAAAUCCAUUCACUUUGUUUAGUAAAGAGCAUAGAGAAAAUAGAUUAAACAGAUAUUUUCA